AUGAGUGAGAUUAAUUUUGAUGCAAUUCCUGGAACUUCACAUUUGGUGGAUACUGAAGAGACCUUUAGUGGAAUUAAAGCGGAGAAAAAGAAUGGUAUUAUUUUAAUUCCAACGCCAUCAGAUGAUCCUAACGAUCCCCUUUGUUGGAAGUAUUCAAGAAAAUUAUGGAACGUUUUUUCUUUGGUUCUCUAUUGUUAUGGAGGCAGUGUUCCUGGUUGUGUGUUAUACUCUAUUAUCACUGAUAUUUCCAAAGCACCAGGAGUUAACAUAUCUGUUGCACAGCUAAAUCAAGGUACUGGAUAUUCUUUUCUCUUUUUAGGACUUGGAAAUUUGUUCUGGUUGCCAAUGGCAGAGCAAUAUGGCAAGAGACCAAUAUAUCUUCUGUCUAUGAUUGGUGUUGUUGGAUUUAAUAUAUGGAUGCCAUAUAUUCAUGAAAACGGCUCUUGGAUUGCUUCCCGGAUACUCCACGGCUUUUUCUAUGCACCUAUUGAAUCUUUACCCGCUAUUUCAAUUGCUGAUAUGUUUUUUGAGCAUGAGAGAGCCACUUACAUGGGUGUGUAUGGAGUUGCUUUAUUUUCGUCAAAUUAUGCCGCUCCUAUGCUUGCUGGGCUUGUUAAUCAGGCUAUUGGCUGGGAAUGGACAAUUAAAAUUGCAGUCAUAUUUGCCGCUGUUUGUACCAUUGCCAUGUUCUUCUUUAUGGAAGAGACGAGAUAUGAUAGAAAACUUCGUGUAACAAGAAAUUCUAAAGGUUGCAUUGUAACUGCCAUUACUUCUAGAGGAGAGGAAAAAAAUCCUGAAGUUGUGAAUACUGUCAGAAAGGAUAAUAGUAAUGAUUUAGACACUUGUGAAACUACAGCGGAUAAUUUAGCAAAUCAAACAUCGAUUAUUGAGGUUGACGAUGACAUUGAAUAUCCUCCACCCAAGACUUUCAAGGAGAAGCUCUCUUUGACCGGUGGAUUUCAGAAAGAAAAUCACCUUAAAGACUACUUUAGCAUGCCCUUUAAAAUGCUGCAAUUUCCAAUUGUCCUAUACUCCGGAUUUCUUUAUGGUUCAUCGUUGUUUUUUUACUCCAUCUUGAAUACUACUGAGUCUAUUGUUUUGAGCGGAGAACCGUAUAAUUUUUCUUCUGCUAGUUGUGGUUUGGCUUAUGCUUCCGCAGUUAUAUUUGUCUUCAUCUGCUACCCAGCAGCCGGUUGGAGUACUGAUUGGUUGAAGAUUAGGUUUGCUAGAAAGCAUAAUGGCGUUUCGCAAGCUGAGGAUAGACUUUGGAUUUUACUUCUGUACAUGUUUUUAGGUCCAAGUUCUCUAAUAUUAUGGGGUGUUGGUGCAGCUCAUUAUAUUCAUUGGUUUGGUGUUAUAAUUGGGUUAGGUCUUAUGGCAGGAUUAUGUGUUGUUGGUUGCGUUUCUUCCGUGACAUACACACUUGAUUGUUACCCUCAAUUGAAUAUGGCAGCAAUGACUAUUGUUGUCAUUAUCAGAAAUACGAUGAACUUCGCUUUGGACUACGGCAUCACACCAUUUUUGGAUAACGUAGGAAUGCAAAAUACGUUCAUUGCAUGUGCCUUCAUUUGUAUGUUCUGUAUUGGAACAUUCUUCGUUAUGAUGAAAACGGGCUUAUUCUGGCGCAGGAAGACGGCUCAUGCAUACUGGAAACUUAUUGCAGAUUACAGAUCACGUGGCGUUAUUAGUUAG